AUGGCACUGGAUCCAAUGAUGAAUAGAAGAGUUUCAUCUAUUGGUUUCAAGACAAUUUUCUAUAUUUUAAUCCCGAAUUUAGUAUUCUUGUAUAAUCAGACGAUUAAUAGUGCUGAUUAUGUGUUGAUUUAUGUUUGUGGCUUUCCUGAUUCAUUUGUUGUUUUAUAUCACAUAUGGAGAUUGGGAAUUGGAUUUGAUUCUUUUUUAUCAAAAGUAUUGUAUAUAUGUUAUUAUGGAUAUGCAUUGUUUUCAUUGAAUAGAUUAAUUCAUGAUAUGGUGAAUUAUGGAUUGGACCACUUGAUUGCUGAGAGGUUGAAUGGAGGAGGAGAAUUGAGAAGAGUUUUGGAAAAUCAUGGACCUUUGGCAACUGUUAAAAGUGCUGUAGAUACUCUUUCGAAUAUGAAUUUACAACAAUUAGUUAUGCAUCGUAAUAGAUUGGAAAGUGAUUUGAAACAAGUUGAAGAAAAGAUUGUAAGUGAUUCUGAUUCUUCUUGA